CAACUCUGUUUUACUUUGUGUUUAUAAAAAUAUACACAGUCAUUUCGAGAUUUUUUUAAUAUUUUCUCCAAAAAGAAUUAACAAAAACCAAGCAAAAUAUGGCAGAGGUAGGCUAUGAGAAUCCUUUACUUAACAAUGUCAUUACCAAUGCCAGCAAUAUAAAUGAGGAGAAUCUUUCACCCGGCCGCCGCAACCUAAGACGCUGGCUGGGCAAACCCUUUAGAGUGGUCAUAACCGAUGGCCGUGUUUUGGUGGGCUUUUUCAAUUGUACCGACAAAGAUGCCAAUAUUGUGUUGUCCAUGUGUGUGGAAUUCUUGGAAGGUGGCAAAGAUGCUCGUAUUCUGGGCAAUGUUAUGAUACCGGGCAAACAUAUAGUCUCAGUAUCUGUUGAUAUGCCGCAGGAAGAAGUAUGUGCUGUAUAGACAACAAAUAUUAAACAAAAUUCGAGUGUAAUUUUUAAAUACAAAUUUUUAUUAAAUUAUUAGUAACAUAAACAUUAACAA